UCUUUCGCAUCGUCCGCGUUAUGCAUCUUUUUGAAAGCAAGCUCAGUGCUGGAACGCAAAGUAGUGGGGCCUGGCGAGAGAGGCCCUCAGACAAGACUCGUCAACCGAGCCAAACAUCUCAGCGCACGCUCCGCCAGGGUCCUGAGCCCUCGUACCUGACGGUCGCCCCGGCCGCCCAGAUGACCCCAUUGAUGGUCGAGAAGUCAGCACUUUCCCAUCAAGUGCAAAGCAUGUCUUAAGUAACGUGUUCAAGGAUGCCUUGCCAUAUCAACUAUUUGCGAUGCGACACGGCAGCGCGACUACGUCUGCAAGCUGCAUGUCAAAAAGGCACGUUGUGCAUCGUGACACAACAGCAUAGCCGUGCCUGGAUGCUGGGACGUCUGCGCUCGUUAUGGCACCUCGAAUUGUCGACACAUGCGGAAGAUCAAUCUUGUCGUGCACGGGUGGCAAAUGACCUACAUCGUCCAUUGGACUUGGAAUUGCAUUGCAAUUUGUACGUACACUGUACAGACAGUGCCCAACCACAUGCAGAGCAGAUCUCGAACUUUCGGCAGCGCAAGACACCACAUGAGGUGCGAGACACGGUUUUAACCAACUCAGUAUUGUCUUUCCUCUCGAGUCUGCGCAUUCAGAACGUGAACUUGAACGACUCUAGGCUCGCUCCGCUUGGACCGAAAAGCACGACAGGACCGCCGACAUCCUCGUUCGCUGGACCCCUUGUAUUAUCAUCUCCAGCGUGGUCACUCCUUCGAUCCUUCUCAUCCAGUACCUCUAUGAUUGCAGCUGCCAGAUCACCAUCUUCUUCAUCGUCUGUCGUGGUUCCUGGGGUAUUUGGUCCAUUCGUGAAUUUCAAAUCUCCAGCACCAUUCGUAAACAGGGGCUACUGACCGCCCUGCACUCGACCGAGCUCGAAUGCCCGCUUCAGAGACGGCGUCAGAGCCUGCGUGUGGAAGUUCCGCACAUGUUCUAGGAA